AUGGCAAUGUCUAUGGAGGGCUAUGUAUGGGCGGCCCCAUUGAAGCGGAUGAUGGUACAACGAGCCGGCGCCCCGACCUAUGCUUGGGGCUGGAAGCCAGCACCUGUCGUAGUGACUCGCCGCACCUAUCGUGUGGUGGCAAGGCCGGUGCAAGCACCUGGCUUGGUGACUCGGCGCACCAUUCGUGUGGUAGUGAAGCCUGCCAGUGUGGUGGUGAAGGCAGCUGCGCCAAUGCAGCUGCCUCACCUUCUCGGGCCGCCGAGGGCACCGGCUGUGGCGCACCCCAAGAAGGGGUUGCUUCAAGCUGGAGCAGGCGAGCCUGCCCAGGAGGCUCCAGUCGACCUUGAGGCAUGUGAGACAAAGGAAGCAACGAACGCGGUUGCCGAAGCCUUUGCCCCGGCUCCCGAGCUGGUCUACCCAAAGGGUAGGCCUGUCUCGUAUGGCCCGGGGAGGCCUUUCAUGGAACUUGAAGAUGAAACAGCUUGCCAAGCAGACGCCGACGUUCCCGAGGCCGCUCCGAAGCCGGCUUCGGAGCCGGCUCCAGAGCCUGCAGAAGACGCUAGCCCACCGCCGGAACCUCCACAGGAACUACCGGGCCAGGCCGAGGCCUUGGAAGCGCUGAAGGCGCUGAUGGCGGAGCUCGGCGGAAUGGGCUUCAAGGUCCCCCAGAAACCGACGGGCGAACCAGAGGUGGGAGACCUUGUGGUCCUCAGCGAUACGAUCCUGCCGAAGAGUCUGCGGCUGCGGUACGCUGUUAUCAUGCAGGUGCACGAGAAGCACUAUACAGCGAGAACGUUGGCAGAAGACAAGGCGACCUCGCUCGAAGAAUGCUGGCCUUUCAAGGAGGAUGCCGUGCUCGAGAGCACAGUCGGCCGACUGGGAAGCAGAGUGCGCGUUGCGGAGGGGUCCUAUGCUGGCUGCAGUGGCAAGGUGGCCAAGGCGCCCGGCCACCCGAUAUUCCCCGUCUUUCGACAGUUCAGGAACGGCAAACUGCAGUACGUCAUCAAUGUGAGCUUGGAUGACGGCAGGGACGCGCUGUUCCUGUUCUCGGAGCUCCGGGCAGAUUGA